CUGCGCGCAAAGCUUGACGCACCCACUGGCACGAGUCCCACGAUGAGCCCGAGCUGGUACCAGUGGCCACUGGCCAACUAAUGUGCAUGCGUACUUGUCUCUCCACUGUGAAGCGUGAACCCAUCAAAUCCGCUCUGGGAACGUAAGUCUGCAUUUGCAUUAUCAUACGACCUUCCUUGUUUCAAUUGUGGAUUUACUCUUGCAGUUUGUUGUCGUUUGAAAUAUCAGCGCAUGUGAUAAGCCCUCCAGACGCGAAGGUUUGGCUACAUUUUAUGCCAAGUGAAUCGCAGUCUGCGCGUUUUAUUUUUUUGUCAGGUCUGAUAUAAUUGAUCUCAAGCCGAUACAUUUAAUCAACACACGAGUUGAGUGGAGUACACGGACCUACUUGCCAUAAGGAAAUCUGUCAGAAUCCGAAUAAUGUUUUUGCAGUGAUUGUUUUGGUAUCAUUCACCACACUCCCACUGUUGUCAGUCUACCUAGCACGAGAGUAGCCAAAGUAACGAUUUAAUGAGUCCAGUUGUUUAGAGAAUUCUAGAAGAAUAUGGGAAGCACAGCAAAUGACUCCAAGAAGAGAGACGUGAAGAAGACACCGAGAAAGAAGAGGACACUUCGACUGAAUAUGCCCGACCUCGGCUCAUUUGCCAUGCCCUUCUUGGAGGGAGAUGCCGACCAUGUGGAUAAGGCCGACAUACAGAAGGGUGAUGGGAGUUGCCACUCAGCCAGCCCGACCAAAGGCUUCUUCACGCGGGGGCCCUUCAGUCGGCCCUCCAGCCCCAAGUCGGCCCCUGCCAGGACCAAGAACAGCCCGGGCUCCCCCAAAACCAUAUUCCCCUACCCUUCGUCCCACCAGGACUCCCCACCCAAGUCGCCUCGUCGCCUGAGCUUCAGUGGCAUCUUCCGCUCCUCCUCCAGGGACUCUAACUCCACCUCCACCUCUCCCGUCAGCAUCAAGCUCUUCUCCAGGGCCAGGAAAGGUAAGACCAGUUGUUCUAUGUCUAACAGGGUUGGUUCUGUGAACCACGCUCAUAUGUUAUGCAAACCUCUCGACCGCCACCCCGAGCGCAGGGUGAAGGCAGCGUUCGCUGCGUACGAGGAGCUGAACAUGCCCCUCCUUAAAAAAGAGAACCCCAACAUGUGGCUGUCGCAGCUCAAGCAACAGUUAAAAAAUGAAUGGAUGAAGUCGCCAGAGAACCCCCUGAACCAGCGCUUUGCCAACUACAACGCAAAGUGA